GCCGGGGCUGUUAGGGAGGCUUUCGUCUGACCGCUCGAGGGUCGUCAUCCUCUGUCGACAUCGAACCUCGUAUCAGAGUGGACGAGUGGUAGAUCGAGCGAGUCAGAAAAUUUAGACCAGGAUUCUUUGUAGACCCAGUACCGUGUCACAGCACGAGCUUGAGUCAGUAGAAUGAAUAUUGUUCAUAUCGAGCAGUUUUAGAAUCAUUAAGCCGUAGAAGUUUGGGAGGAGUGAGGGAUCAGAUUGUUUUUCUCCUUGAAUUUUUAGUUUAGAAAUCUUAGCCGCCGUCAUGAAGCGAGCUGGAGGGCCGACGAUGUUUACACGGAUUUGUCUCUUCACUCUCGUGGCUCUGCAGUGCUACACCGGACCUGCUGCUGCUUUUGGACCUGCGAGAAGAUUGCUUCAGCAGUCGUUGGCUGACUGUCUCCGACCAGCUGGAGCCAGGAUCGUUCUGCCGAGCAGCUCUGAUUACCAGACUGCACGAGGCCAUGUUUUCAACCACAGAUUUCUGUGGUCGCCUGCAGCAUUCGUCUUCGCCACCACCACAGCCCAUGUAUCGAACGCUAUACAAUGUGCUGUGAGACUGAAUGUCGGAAUCGCUCCCCGCAGUGGAGGCCAUUCUUAUGAAGACUAUUCUCUCGGUGGAAGGGAUGGUGUGAUAGUCGUGGACCUGGAAGGCAUGAACAAGGUCACGCUGAACAAGACCUCGAAACUCGCGACAGUUGGAGGAGGUGCACGACUAGGACCCAUCAAGCUGGCUCUCUGGAAUCAAGGAAAGGUGUCCACUCCAUCUGGAACCUGCCCCAGCGUAGGAGUUGGAGGCCACUCUCUCGGUGGUGGAUGGGGCUUCAUCUCAAGGAAGUGGGGGAUCAUGGCUGACAACAUUGUCGAAGUCGAGAUUGUCAUUGCCAACGGAACCGUCAUCACUGCCAAUUCCCAGAAGAACUCAGACCUCUUGUUCGCUCUCAAGGGCGCCGGUGCCAACUCUUUCGGUAUUGUUACCAAAUUCACCUUCAAGACAUUCGAUGUCUCGAAGAAGGUGACGUACUUCAGCUACAACUUUCAGAAGAGUCAGCAGGCUGCGACCACCAAGGCAUUCGGUCUCUGGGGACUUACUGUCACCAAUGAUGUCUCUGCCUCUCUGUACCACGAUCCAUCGGGUGGGAACACUUUCUGGGGAGUUUAUCUCGGCCCCAAGACCAACUUGAAGAGUGUCCUGCAGAAGUUCUUCAGUAACGCCCCUGCAGCUUCCAGUACCACCGAGCUGGAAACGGAUUACAUCAGGACUGUUGUCAUCAAUGCAGGAUUCAAGGAAACCGAUCCCAUUUCGAUCCUGGAUUUGAAGAACUACACCUACGAAACUAGAACUUUCAAGUCCAAGUCUAUUUUCGUCAAAGGAUCGGGAUUCUCGGAUGCAGGAAUUCAAGCUUACGUGAACAAACUGCAGCAAGGCCCUGCCCAGAGUUACAUGAUCUUCGAUCUGUUCGGUGGUACCGGUUCCGCCAUCAACGCUAUCUCACCUAGUGCAAGCGCUUGGGUUCAUCGGGAUUCUCUUUACAGCAUUCAGAUGUUCACUUACUGGAAUGACAGGCCCCAGGAUGCUCAGAACGCCAUCAACUGGAUCGAAAACAUCUGGAGCACUGUCCGUCCAUUCGCAUCAGGCGAGGCGUACCAGAACUACAUCGACAGCAAGAUGCCACUCUCAGCUUACUAUGGCUCCAACCUUGACAAGCUGAAAUCCAUCAAGAGGAAGUUUGACUCCCGCAACAUCUUCAACUAUGCCCAAAGCAUUCCACUGAGUUAGUUACCAUCCAGCCUCCUCUGAUUUUUGUGCAGUCUGACCUCCUGUUUUCACUCUUCCUCAUCAUCAAUCCCUCCCCAUUCCCAGCUCCCCAAUUCCCCCACGGCGCAUCAACAUCGACAACGAUUUCCCCACGUUGUGAUACCUGUACACUUGAUGAUCGCCAUCCCGAUUGACGCCCCAUGAUACUCAGAUUUCAUGCUCUUAACAAGCAAGCUUGCACAUGUCCACACAAAUGACAGGUCGACGCGUCAGACGUGGAAGUAUUAAAAGCGAGAAGUAUCAAUCCUUCCUGGCGGCCAGCCGUUCCCGUCAUUCGUUCCGGUCCUCAGUGCACUAGGCCUUGACUGGAGUAAGUCAGUCUGGUCCGGGUAUCAUCCGAAUGGGGUCUCAAGCCUAGCAAUUAGAAGACAGAAAGACAGCAAGUAGUCCAAUUAGAGAUACGUCAAACUAGUCCGAUUUUCCCGUUAGGACCCUCACGUUUAAGCUGAACCUUGAACCAGAGCACUGAAAAGCUCGAUCAACAGAACCCAUAACCUAACUCUAUGAAUUGGAACAUUAAAUGUCCAAUUUUCCCAGUAGGACUUCCACAACCGUUUUUGAAUUCCACCCGUCUAGAUAAGUCCUAAGACGGCUGCCAAGUUUACAUUCUAUUAUUAUAUUCACGUGUUUGAAAUAUUCUGAACUUUUAGCACGUAGAGUUCCGAAAACCAGCUGUUGAAGUCGAUUGCCCUCAACUGAAGAGGACUGAGAGCUGUCUGACGAAUCUGCACUUGUCUUGAAGUGCUAGUUUUAAGGAUACAGUGGGAUCUUGGGCAUCUCCAGCUUGCCUCAGAGUCCUGUAGACAGGGAUGACAUGUGCUGGUCAAUAUAAGACUGGAGCUUUGCUGCAAAACUCGCAGCACCUCGAUCUGGGAUCAGUGACCCGUACUGAUACGGACCGAAAUGUUUUAGAUAAAGCCUAAUCUAAU